GCGGGCCAGGCGCGGACACGGGCGGUUCUCCCCGGCUCUCCCGAGGCGCGAUGUGGCGGCCGGAGCCGGCCGAGCCGGACUGCCCUGACCUGCUGCAGCACGUCCAGGCGCUGUGCUCGCCGCCCACCCCGCUUUACCUCAGCUUCUUCGAGGAGGAGUGUCGCGCCAUCGCCGCCCGCCUGCAGCUCGGGGAGGGCGCGGAGCCCUCGCCGGGCCCGGGGGAGCUCAGCGCGCUGCAGCCCGAGCCCGCCGGACCCGCCACCUCCACGCCGCUGCCCUUCCCGAGCCACGGGCGGGUCCCGGACUUGAGCGCGGGCGAUUGCGAGGCCGCUGCUGCCCCUGCCCCUGGCCUGAGCCCGGCCCCAAGGGAGCCCGAGUGCCUCCCACAGCCCGCGGCCGGCGGUGGUCCUGGCGUUCGCCCUCCCGCCCAGUCCCGGCGGGCGCGGCGCGGUCCCUCCGGCGGCGGCCCCGGCACCCCUGCGCGCUCCCCAGGCCGCGGCCGCGGCCGGCUCGCUGUCCCCCGCGCACGGGCCUCGCUGGGGCUGCAGCUCCCCGCGGCCGGCACGGGGCGCGGCGCCUGGGAAACGCGGCUCCUCCGGCCCGCAGGUAAGCGGGACCGCGGCGGGGAGCCCCGGCACGGCCCCCGCCCGCCCGGCGCUGCAAAACCCUCUCUUCUCCCCCCAGGGACCAGGCUGAAAUUGACGUCGCCUGCCAGGUCCAGGGUUCAACAUGCCAGCGGGGCUUCGCAGCAGUCACAGCCUUCCAGGCUUCCCAAACCCGCCCCCCGGGACGGAGUGAAGAAAAGUGAUUCUGCACCUGCCAGCAGCCUCACGCGAAGCCGGGAAGCACCUGCUGCCAAGGCUGGGAGCCGUAAACAGCCCUCCUCAAGGCUCUCUACAGCAAUUCCUUCUGUGGCUUCCCGCUCCUCACUGCGGCCUCCGGGAAAAGGGGUUCCGUCCAAGCGUUUUUGCCUCGAUAAAGGAUCAACUACACAGGAUCUGGUGUGCAAUAGGACCCAAGAGCUGCAAGAAAACAGCAAGAGCAAAGAAAGCCUGGUUGCACCAAGGAUUGUCUUGGGAGCAGGUAAAAGUGACCAGACAUGGGUGUAUGAGGAGUCCUCUUUGUCCAGUCGCUUGGCCCCUGGCCUGACUUCAGGGUGUGAAGAUGCAGUCCCUGGUGAGCAGUCUGCAGGUGAUCAGCUGUCCCAGGAACUGCAGCGUGUGAAGAAAGAGCUGGAGCAAGUGAAGGGUGAGCUUGCUGACAAGACUGCCCAGUGUGAAGCCUAUGAGCAGACAAUCUCCUCCUUGCAGGCUCAGCUCAGAGCAGCAGGAAUCUGUCUGAAAGAUGCAGCAGUGUUCAACAGUGGUGAUCUGGGGAGAGACUGACAGCUGGAACAUGGGGACAGACAGGAGCCAUUGUCUGGCUGUGUGAGUCUCUGGGCCAGUGAUAUAUGUGGAGCUCUUGAAUGAAUUAAUUUUAUAACUCCAUGUAUGUAAGUAAAAUAAAGGUGUCUUUUGCAGUGGUGCUUGCUGUCUGCUUGGGUAGAGGCAGUGCCCAGUGCCAGUGAUCCCCAAAGCACUGGGCAAACAGGGCAGGUCUGUGCUUGGCUGCAGCUGGUUUUGCUCAGCCAGAGAUUUGAGGUCUGUUACAAGGAGGAGCUGGAUGCUGGUGGGUGGAGGUACAGUGUGGCUCUGGGGAAGCAUUUCUGGACAAAACUGAUGCUUCCAGGUGGGAUGCUUGGAUGUGUGGGGGUGGUGGGCAGCUGUAUGGGCAGGUUUCUUCCUUAGACCGCCUUCACAUUGGAUGUGGGAAAAGUCAAUGCUGGCUGAUGGCACAUUAGACUUCUCUGGCUAUUUAUUACUCUUUUGUUAUCACUAACUGGGGUCAGGUGGUGGGAAGCAGCGCUUGGGACUCAGCCCAGUUCCUCACUGUUCCUGCAUGCUGACCCUGCUCUGCUGCUUUCUCUCGGUGGUCAGUUGAUGCAGGCACCUUGUUGCACUGCCUUGUGUCUGGGUGAGGCACUGGAGAGUCCUGCUGUCUGGUGCUGGCAGUGCCCUGAGGCUGGGCUGGGAAGGCCAGUCUGCUCCUGCUCCUCCUCCUCUGUUUUUUCUGACUGCUGUUCCUGGCUGCCUUGGAAUGUGCAUUUGCAGGCAGCCCACAUCCCUUCCUGGGACAGCUGCACAGGGAAGCUGUGUCAGCUGUCUCCCACCCCUGCUUAGCACUUGGUUGCUGGGGCAGUUCCAGUGCUGGCACAAUCUGCAGGAGAGAGCCCUAACAUGCUGUGUGUUUACAGACAUGUACAUGCAUGGUGAAGAUAACUUCUUGGUGCAGGUACUAAGGGAGUUAGUGAAAAAGUGCCUUUCUAGACUUAUUAUUUGUAAACAGAGAGGCACUCAUGGGUGAAGCUGGACUUGAUGGUCCUUAUGGGUCCCUUCCAAUCUGAAAUACUCUAAUGCUUCGGUUGUGGAAGGUGGUGGGGGCAUCCAGGGACUGAUGUGGAUCUGUUUCUGCAGAGCUUCUCGCCCCCUUUAUGGGCUGAAGCCAUCUCCUAACCUCCUUUGAUGCUGGCUACAUGUGCCUUGCUAGUGCUUGUCUUCCUGCUGCUCCUGUUGAGACACGCACUUGGCUUGUUCCAUGCCUCUUCCUGCUCCCAGCCCUUGGCCUGUGCUGCUGGAUCAGGGCCCUGAAUGAUGGGAGUGCAGAGCAGUAUGACUGGGAGGUGAGGAUGGGACACUGGGAAGACAAAUGUGGAGCUGCACGUGAGGUCUGGGAGCUGUUCUGGUGUCCUGAUGCUGCUCCCUUCUGGAAACUGCCUCCCAGCGCCUGAUGUUGCAAGAUGGGUUCUGGCAAUAGCCAAAUCAUGUAAUCUGCCCCCUCACUGUUCUAGGUACCCAGUAUCUUCUUGUCUGGGACAGGGUGACCCUGCUUGGAGUCCUGCUGUGCCCGUGCUGCUGCAGAGUGAGUGCUGUGUGAGAACAUUUUCGGCGAUGGUGCUGCCCAGCUGGGUCCUUGCCUGCAGCUGGCAGCCCCGGAAGGAGUGGGCAGUGUCUGAGUAGUAUGCUGC